AUGUCUUCUAUUAUUAACAAUUCCAUGAAACCACCAACAACUGUACGAAUCUUCGAUCGCAAUGAUUACUACAGCGUCCACGGUUCUGACGCCACAACGGCUGCAAAGGAAGUCUUCUCAAGCCUGUCGCACAUCAAGAAGAUGGGCAUUGAACCCAAUCGUCAAGACUACCUUGUCUUGUCGAAGGGAAAUUUCGAAAUUCUUAUACGGAAGUUGUUACUGGUACGUCGUUAUAGAGUAGAGAUAUACGUAGGCGAGGGGUCUAAAAACGAAUGGUUGUUGAAAUACAAGGGCUCGCCGGGCUGUUUGUCUCAACUGGAAGAGAUCGUUGGCGAAGGGCUCAGCAGUUCCAACGACAAUGGCCCUUGUCUCAUCUCCGUUAAUAUUAAGACGGAUCCUGUUACUAAGGGCCGUCUUCUAGGCGUUGCGUGUAUAACGGCAAACGACUACCAGAUCUCAGUGGCAGAAUUCACUGAUGACGACUUGUUGACGCAGUUGGAGACUAUCACGGUCCAAUUGGCACCUUCUGAGUGCAUCGUACCGCUCACCGAAAAUGAUGAUUAUAAGACCCUUAAAAAGGUUAUGGAACGUGCAAAUAUAACUGUGACGAAAUUAAAGAAGGUGGAUUUCUCCACUGAAGGUCUCGUACAAGACUUGAACCGCCUGUUGAAAUUUAAAGAUGCUCAGAUGCAGGACGCUAACGCCUUCCCCGAGACCAGAAUGGGUGCUGCCAUGGUCAGUCUGGCUGCUGCUAUCAGAUAUACAUCGCUUAUUAAUGACUCCACUAAUUUUGGAAGAUUUCGUUUAAAUACGAUAAAAGCAGAAUGCUACCUUCAUCUAGAUGCAGCUGCUCUUAGCGCGUUGAACGUAUUACCAGAACUAGGGGAUAAUACGCACGCACCCGCUAGAAGUUUGUAUGGUUUACUCGAUAGAUGUCGCACCCAACAUGGUAAAAGGCUAUUGGCUCAGUGGUUACGCCAACCGUUACGCGAUAUAAACCUUAUUAACGAACGUCUGGAUAUUGUCGAGCUUCUAGUCGAGAACUCUCAAUUGCGCCUGCAGCUGCACGAAGACCACUUGCGCAGGAUUCCAGAUUUGCAGGCUUUGGCCAGAAAAUUAACCAGAAAGAAGGCUAAUCUGCAUGGCUGCUACAGGAUAUACCAGGCCUUACAACGGUUACCGAACCUUCUACAAUGUUUAGCUGACGCUAACAGCCCCACAGUCCACUCAACAUUGUCGGAACCAAUAUCGGAAUUGAACGAUGACCUGGAGAAGUUCCAACAGAUGAUAGAAGCCACUGUCGAUAUGGAAGCUGUUGAUAGAGGUGAUUUUCUCGUCAAGCCAUCAUUUGACGAUCAGUUGCAAGUGUUGCACGAACAAUUGGAGAAAUACCAGAUAUCUGCUGAGAAGGAGCUGAAUAAGGCAGCUAGAGAUUUGGGAUUGGAUGCGAAGAAGACGAUCAAGCUGGAAAACAAUCCACAAAACGGGUUUUGUUUUAGGGUAACAUUAAAAGAAGAGCAAUCACUUCGUGGAAACAAAAAGUACACAAUAAUUGACGCCGUGAAGGGCGGUGUGCGAUUCAAAACAAACGCUUUGGACAGUAUCACAGAAGAUUACGUACAGGCUAAAGUAAAUUAUGAAAAGGAGCAAGACAAAGUCGUGGCUGAAAUUAUUGGGAUUGCUGCUGGUUAUUCGGAAUGUCUAUUCUGUCUCUCGCAUAUCCUAUCCCGGUUAGACGUGCUGGUGUCCUUUGCUGUGGCUGCGUCCACCGCGCCUAAUGCGUAUACGCGCCCGGAAGUAACGGAAGCACUUGACGAAUUCGUCCUUAGGGACGUGCGACAUCCGUGCCUUGAAGUACAAGAGGGCGUCUCUUUUAUACCUAACGAUGUUUUUUUUAAACGAGAUUCAUGUCUAAUGCACAUAGUAACAGGCGCUAACAUGGGCGGAAAAUCUACCUGGAUGCGUUCUUGCGGUAUAGUGGCUCUAUUAGCGCACGCUGGAUGCCUCGUGCCCGCGUCUAGCGCUCGGGUUCCGCGGCUGAGGGCACUGUGCGCAAGAGUGGGUGCGGCUGAUCGCGAGGAAAAGGGACAGAGUACAUUCAUGUUGGAAAUGAUCGAGUCCGCUGCAAUUUUAAGGACAGCAACUCCAGAUUCGCUGGUACUUGUGGAUGAGCUGGGUCGUGGAACAUCGACGUAUGAAGGAUGUGGAAUCGCGUGGGCUAUCGCUGAAAAGCUGGCGACGGAGAGCAAAUGUUUUUGUUUGUUUGCAACGCAUUACCACGAACUGACUCGCUUGCCCAGCCUCCACCCGAACAUUAUAGUGAACUCGCACGCAGAGGCGUCGGUGGUUGAUCAGCAGUUGUUACUGUUGCAUAAAAUCGUCCCUGGGCCGGCAACACACUCGCUUGGACUUCACGUAGCUAAGUUGGCUGAUCUGCCGGACUCUAUUAUUGAGUAUGCAGAAGCAAAACAAGCCCAACUGGAAACUAAUCUAUUCGAAGUUGAGUCUGCUGUGAAAACUCUAGAUACGACAGAAGGACAAAAAAUGAUUCUAGACUUUCUCCAGAAAUGUAAGCAGUUACAAGAAACUGCGACCUCCGACCAAAUCAUAAUGUCGGAAAUUAGGAAGAUGAAAGACAAUUUGUUGAAAUGUAAGAACAAAUAUGUGGAAUCACUACUGGCCGCCUGA